AGACGGCAGAUGUAUAAAAGCCUUAAAAUAAAGCACAAGGAUGAGUCUUCGAUGAAAGAGGAAGGCUCUUUUUUUUUUUUUUUAACCAAGGCUUCCAGGUUUCUGAGUCCAACAUGGGAUGGACGCGGAUUUGUCUUUUGUUGCUUCUGGGCACAUAUACUCUUGCCCAGCAAGAUGUCGGACGUGUGGACGAACAAUCUCCAACAUGCUUCUUGGCUAAAAGGUUGAGGCACUUCAGGCGCUUUGUGUACGACUACGAGGCUGAGACCUUCAACGGCGUUCCCGGAUCCACCGACAACAAGAGCGGCCCCAAAAUCUCCUGUCAAGUUGAGCUUGAUGUGCCUCAGACUUGCAGCUUCAUCCUACGCACCCCAAAUUGCUCUCUGAGUGAGAUUUUUGCUGUGGAUGACGAUGGGAACGCACUGUACCGCCCCGCUGCUGGAAAUCAGGCCUUCAAAGCCUCCAUGGCCAAGAACCCACUGAAGAUCACACUUGAGGGACACACUGAUGUGAAACUCUUCCCAGAGGAAGAUGAGGCGCUCAACAUCUUGAACAUCAAGAGAGGAAUUAUGUCUUCUCUCCUUGUUCCCGUCAUGGAAGAAGAGAGAAAUAAGAAAAUGCCCACCGUGUACGGCAUCUGCACCACCGACUUCACAGUCAACGCCAGAGGAGACAUCGCCACCGACGUAACUAUCAGCAGGGAUCUUUCCAGCUGUGAUGGCUUCAGCGCUCACAAACAGGCCAGCAGUCCCCUGGCUCUCCUUGCAGGAAUGCAAUAUCCUUUGUCCAAGAUGAUCGGUAGCCACCAAACUUGCAACUACAAGUUUGACAACCAGAAGAAGCACAUGACCAGUGGAACCUGUACAGAGAAGCAUAUUUUCCUGCCCCUCUCCCACAAGAACGAAUAUGGAAUUUCCACUCUGGUGAAGCAGACUGUGACUCUGAGGGAGACGACCAAGAUUAAUGACAGAAUCUUUGAUCAUAAUGAGGCUCUCCUGCGUUUCUUGCCAAUGGACCAUGUUGAUGACAAGUCUCCUAAGCAAUCUAAAGAUGCUGCCAUGACUGCAAUGCAGCAGCUUAAGACUCUAUCCCAGACCAGUAACGGCGAGCGGCGUGCAUCCCUCUUCCACAAACUGGUUUCUGAACUGCGUGGCCUGAAGGCUGAUAUCCUGGGAUCCGCUGCAGUUGAGAUGAUGGAUAUAUCCGACUCGGUGACCAUGCAAGCUCUUGUCCAAUGCGGUACUCCAGAGUGCUCCGGCGCCAUGCUGAGGGUCCUCGGGACCUUUGAUAAAUCUGCUCUUGAAGUCGACAUGGCAGUUUAUGCCCUUGCACUGAUGCCUAACCCCUCACGCUUCAUGGUCAAGGAUCUUCUGGCCAUGGCUCAGAACAGGAAGAGCAAGCCCAUCAUGUAUGCCUUGAGUCAUGUAGUCAGGAGGCUUUACCAGGCUGAGGGAAAAGUCACUCCGGAGAUUACCGCUGUUUCGGACUUCACGGCUUCCCUUCUGGGCCCAGACUGCUCUGGCGAGAAAGACCUGACCUUCUUGACUUUGAGGGUUGUCGGUAACAUCGGAGAUGUGAUCGAAGUCGCCGACCCCGCCAUUAAGAACACUUUACUGAAAUGCAUGAGACAACCUGCAACCACACUCGCUGUUCAGCUUGCUGCCAUCCAGGCUUUCAGACGUAUGGCUAUGACAGAUGAGGUUCGCUCGAACCUCCAGCGGGUAAGCCAGUACCCAAAAGGUGCUGUGCAGAAACGUCUUGCAGCCUAUCUGAUUCUCAUGAGAAAUCCCCUCAAUAGUGACAUUGAGAUGGUGAAGAAGAUCCUGAAACAGGAGCAGAACGAGCAAGUCAAAUCUUUCGUGACCUCCCACGUCUACAACAUUAUCUCCUCCGUUGAUCCUGAGACCCGGAAGCUUGGCGAGAAGAUAGCGGACGCUCUGCAGGACUAUGUCGUGGAGACGCACCAUGACUACACGACAAAGUCCCGCAACUACAAGCUGGGUUUGGCAAACGAUAACAUGCAGGCUAAUUUCCAGGGCAAUGUUAUCUUUGACCCCAGCAACCAGCUGCCAAGAGAAGUCAUGAUGGAAUCCACCCUAAAAAUAUUUGGCUACAACGUGGACAUGUGGGAGCUCGGAAUCGAAGGAAAAGGCUCAGAGCCCUUGAUUGAGGCGUUGUUUGGAAAGAACGGCUUCUUCCCAGACACAUUGUCCAAGGCUCUUUACUGGGCCGAGAAGAAGGUGCCAAUCAAGAUGAUGGAAAUUCUGGAAAAGUGGGUUGCUCCAUUGAAAGCAGGAGGACCGAAGGUAUUUUGGGGCUUCACUUCUUUCCCUUUUACGCGACACAAACGUCACCUUUCAAGGAUCCCAAAUAUUUGCUUCCCUCAGGUUCCCGAAGAUCUUAUGAGAGAAAUUGUUCGCAAUUUCAACAAGCUGGUAAAAGAUUUGCAGAAUCAAGAAUCUCCAGAGGCCAUGGCCUACCUGAAGAUCAUGGGAACCGAGUUUGGCCACAUCAAGGCCAGCGAUCUGAAGUUUCUCGCUGAAAAUGCUAAAAUGUACGCGGAGAUUUUCCUGAAGCUUCUCCCGAAACAGCUUAUGUCCAACCUCAUGUCCGGCACUGACAAUGAGAUCUUUCUCCAUUACAUGUUCAUGGAUAACAAAUUUGUCCUUCCAACCGCCACUGGCUUGCCUCUGACUUUUUCUCUGUCUGGCACGUUUGCUCCCGGAGCUAAGGGAGGACUUCGCAUUUCCCCUGUCGCGAAUGAACUGUUGUUCAAGCCAUCUGUCGGCGUUGAGUUUGUGACCCAGAUGGGCGUCCACGUCCCCGAAUUUGUUGCCUCCGCUGUCGAGAUGCACACCGGCUUGUACCACGAGAGCGAAUUCAAUGCUAAUCUCGCCGUGGAGGCAAACCAAGUCAAGCUAACUAUCCCGGCUGCGCGGGCCCCUGCAAAACUUUUGAGCGUCAGCAAUGCAGUGAUGAUUGUGGCCGAUGGCAACGCUGCCGUAAUCCCGCACAACACGAGUGAAAUAAACUGUGACUCCCUCUUCGGAUUCAAGUAUUGCAUGAAAAAACUUCAAGCUGAUGUGCAGGGUAAAAGCGACGUGCCUUACUUCCCCAUGGGUGGAGAGACGAGGUUUGGAAUUGAAAUCGAGCCUCAGGUCUCCUACACAGCGACCGUUGCGUACACGCUCCUCAAGGAAGGAAAAGAUGGCCGCCAGAAGGUCGACUCCCUGAAGAUGACUCUGAAAGCUGAAGGGGAUCAGGAUUCCGAAGCUUCCGCAAUCAUGAAAUACAACAGGAACGUCUUUACCAGCCAAAUCCAGAUACCCGUCUUGGAUGUCGAAGCCGGGGUCAAGGUUGGCCUGACUGACAGCAGCAACAAAGGCAAAGCCCUCAGCCUUGAGAUCUCCAACAAGAACGUGCCACAACUCACUCUCACCGGUCGCGCCCAACUGCGUUCCACAACUGGAGGCAUGCUCCAGGUUCAGUUGGCUGCGCCCGCUCUGAAGACAGACGCUAGCAUCUCUGCUACCAUGACUGAAAGUGGCCUCAAAGGCCAAGAAAUCACUUUGGAGCUCAAAAGUGAUAUGAAUCUCCCCGAGACCUCAUCGACUCAGUCAAUCACGUUCAAAUACGGCAAUGAUGAGGUUGAGGUUCAACUGCUUUCAAACAUGAAUGCUGAGACCAAAGUGCUGCUAGCUUAUAGCGAAGCGCUCGAGGGCUGGCUCAAUAAAUUUGCCGAGGAUGCUUUGGAUCAUCAGCUUGCCAGCACUGACAUGAAACUGCGUCACGUCGUCAAAAAGACGCUCGAGGCCAGCAACAUCUGGAUGAACAAAAUUUCAGUUGACGUCCCCUAUGUGGAGACUCUGAAGAAGAACAUUGCAAAGGUGGAAAUGCCUUCUAUGCCCGAGAACCUAUUCAUGAAUAUGGAAAGCAAAUUCCGCUACCGGUUCAACAAGAACUUUGCGACCAUCCGAAUCCCGCUGCCGCUUGGAGGCAAAUCCUCGGAGGAACUGUUCAUCGCAACCAACGCAAUCAUCACGCCCCUGCUCGCGCCGCACCAGAUCGUAAUCCCCAAAUUUAGCAUCCCCUCUGAGCAAGAGCUCACCCUGCCGCUGAUCGGAAUGAUGCAUGCGUCCGCUAAGGUGAACAGCAACUAUUACGAUUGGGAGGCAACCGUGUCGGCGGGUAACAAUACUGUGGACUCUCCAAACUAUUUGGCCAAGUUCACGCUUCAGGCUACCAGUCCCAUCAAACUUCUGGCUUUCACAUCUGAGGGAGCUGCAGAGGUAACCGAUACAGAUGAGAAAACGCUCAAAUUCACCCUGAACGGCUCCCUGGAGCACACGUUUGUGAGUACGAGUGUUAACGCGGAGGAGACAAUUGCCUUCGUCUCGGACGAUGUGACGUCAUCGGGAAAAUACAACAUCCAUGCUGCCGCCCCGCUCGGUUUGCGGACGUCUCUGGACGUGACCAAGCGCCUCACGCUCGAUUCCGCUAAGCUGUUGGGGGAUAUCAAUGCGAAUGGAAGUCUCACGAUGGGAUCUUUGAGCGCUAGCGCCACUUAUCUCAACACCUUCUCAUCUGACCGCGCAAAGAAGGAACUCAGGUCGGAGAGCACGCUGAGAGUGAGCUCGGAAAUCCUGAAAAUGACAAAUGACAUCAAGGCUGUAUAUGCAAAUGAGAAUCUGAACAUGGAGUCGAACACGAACAUUAACAGUCAGCCCGUUCAGCAUUCGACGAACGUCAAGCUGAACUACAAGGACGCCGAGCUGAGCUUUUUCUCCAAAUCGGUGAGCAAGGCCGGUCGGAGAACGCUUCAAAGCCAAGUUGAGUUCUCCGCCUCGGGAGCUCAAGCCAGCCUCCGUCUAGUAAAUACAGCGGACGAUACGGUAAACCGCGCCUACUCAUUGCUCACCGGUUCCGUUAAUCCCUCCGGCUUGGAGCUCAACGCCGAUUCCUCCCUCAACGUCUUUUCAAGCCUCGCUUCUCACAAGGCAACGUUGACUCUGAACGCCAACGGUCUGACCGCCAGCUGCACCACGACUGCUCAGCGCAAGCGACUGACCUUUGAGAAUAUUUUCCACAGCGGGCUCGCCGCCGACGGCGCCACCUUGUCUCUCACCACCAAGGGAGGCGUUGGAGGGAAUAACGUGGAUUUGAAUAUCGAAGGGAAAAUGGCACCCUCCGAAGUCUACCUCAAUGGCGUCUUUAACGUCGACGUCUCGCCAUUCAACACGAGGAACAGAAUGAAUUUCCGAGUCGGCGAAGAUGGCCUCGUCGUCUCCGGCAACGUAGUCGGAUCGCUGAACGAAAUGAGGACGGAAAAUUCCAAUUCCCUUUCUGUGACGUCGAGAUCUUUAACCCUCCACGCCAAGACGGCUCAUUUCCUUAACGCCGGAAACUCCUACGCGCACGACAUCACCGUUACCAUGGAGCCGUUUACCGCCUCCGCUCUGAUCAAAAAUCACCUCAAGAUCAUGGAGAUGGACUUUAACAACGACGCCCAGUUCAAAGCGCAGCCCUACGACGUGGAGCUGACGGGAACGCUGAAGGGAGGCUCGUCGGAGGACGAACUCAAGCAUACGUAUGAAUUCAAGUUCGUGGACAUGAUCCUGUCCACAAAGUGCAACACCAACGGUCAACUACUUGGAUCGCAGAUAACGCACGCCGCCAUUUUGGAGGUCGCAGGCCUGACUGUUAAAUUCAGCCACGUCGCCGAUUACAAAUCUCGGUUUCUUCGUUUGGACGGCAAGGUCAAUGCCGCCGCCGAGCCCUUCUCCCUAACCGUCGAUGCCUUGCUCAACUCCGACGGCGGCGUGUCUUUUUACGGACAGCAGAGUGGCGAUCUGUACAGUGAAUUCCUCCUGAAAGCCCAACCCUUGCUUUUCACGCAGUCGUUCGAGUACAGAGGCUCGACCUCCCACGAGAUCCGAGGCCUACCCGCCAUCAAGACCGCCACGGACGUAAAACUCCGCAGCACCGUGAGCCUUCAAGAGCAAAGCCUUCACCUGAAGGUGAAAUCGAAGCUAAACGACCACACUUUGGAUCAGGAAUUCGAGGCCUACAACAAAGCCGAGAGAAUGGCGAUUGACAUGAGAGGGGCGGUCACCACGAACCUUUUUAGCGAAGCCGGCCAAGACUACAGCUUGUCUGGAUUCGUCAAGUAUGACAAGAACACCGACGGCCAUCUCGUCCGCAUCCCUUUCACCGAGCACAUCCCCGCCGUGAUCGAACGCGUCAAAAAUACAGCCACGAGUCUGACCGACAACGGCGUCGACCUGCUGAAAGACGUCAACGCCAGGUAUGAGAUCGGUAUGACGAUGAAGGACAAAAUAUCCGAAAUGAAGGAGUUCGCGGACAACUUUGACUUUAGCGUCUUCGUCCGAGACGUGAGAAAAUGCUUCCACGCCGUUGAAAACGCCCUGACGAAGCUGACAACCAAGCUGCCGACGGAAAAAAUCAUCCGUGUGCUGAAAUCCGUCACGGAUGCUAUCGCGGCUUGGAUCAAGAAACAUAACAUCGCGAAUAGGUUGGCGCUCAUUUAUCAAAAAAUGGAGGAAAUUCUGUCCAAAUAUGAAAUUGAGAAGCUGAUCGGAACAGUGAUGGAUGAAGUUGUCGAAAUGAUGAAGACGUAUCAAGUGAGGGAAAAGAUUAAAUCCGUAUUUGCCCUUCUUCGGUCAUUUGACCCGCAGCCUUUGUUUCAAAGGUUUACGGGCCCUAUUCGGGAGUUUGUGACUCAUUUGUACUCCUUUGACUUCAAACAGAUGAUUGAAGACGUGAGGGAUUACGUCUUGAGGAUGGUGCGGAAAAUACAGUCUUUCGAUUAUGACGCAUUAACGCUGCGUCUCAAAGAAAAAAUGACGGAUAUGAGCAAGGUUCCCUGUUUUGGAAAACUAUACGGAGAGUUCCAAAUCGACUCGCCGCAUUACAAACUCAGGACGAGCGCAGAUCUGGCGAACACCUCGGCGACGUCGCUCACGCCGGAGUUCAAAGUGAAUUUUAAUUCGCGGGCCACGUCGACUUUGAGGGCCCUCCAGUUCGCCGUAGAUGCCGGCGCGCAUUUGGCUCUACCCAAAAUGAGCCGUCUGGCGAUUUCAGAGUCCAUUAAAAUGGAUCUGUCGUCCUUUAAAGUCGACCACAAAGGAAUGAUGACCGUCUACGGCCUGUCGGGUCAAGGCUCCGCUGACACGACGGCAAAGAUCGCCCUCGAGUGGUAUUCCGCCGAACUCGUCAACAACGUGUUCUUGGCCAUGGAAGACGGACUCUCCGCAAGCGUCAACACAAACUUCGAUCAAGACCUCAACGUGCCAUCGCUCGACGUUUUCACUCACGUGUCGUCAACCCAAAAAAACAAUCUCGCACUGGAAGCCGGCUCGGCAAAACUCAACGUGAACACUCUGGCCAAUGCCAAAUACGCAGUUGGGGAUUUCUCAGACGAGGCGACUCACAACAGCGACGUUAACUUGGUCCUGGAUCCGCACACGGCCAAAGUGACUUUCACCGGCGCUACAAACUGCAAAGGUUUCAAAAGCAAUCAGAAUGCGGUCGCCGAGAUCUGCGUUUUCGGCCAGGCGUCGAUCGAUGCCAAAAUCGAAACGGAAACACCCGUGAUGAAGGCCAGCGUGUUUGACAUGAAGUUCCAGGCUCGCCUUCAAGACCUGCAAAUCGAUUUCACCGCCUCCCAUAACGCACAACUAAUCGAAGGAACUCUUUCGAAUUCCGCCCUGGCCUUGAUAACGCCUAGCGAGCUCACGCUCGACACCAAGAAUAAGGGAAAUUCCAGGCUAUUCCUUCCGUUCGUGCAGUCGGGAAAGAUGGAGUUUGAGAAUGACAUUUCUGUGACGCUCAACUCUCAAGUGCAGCAGGCCAGCUGGACCGGAAUGGCAAGAGUCAACCAAAACAAAUACUCCCAUUUCUUUAAAAUGGAUCACGGUGAAACGGAAAUUCACCUCAUGUGUCAGAUUCACGCAGAAGCAAAUCUUGACAUCUUGCGGCAACCGAUCACCAUUCCUGAAAUAGCGUUGCCAUUUUAUGGCACCCGGACACCGAAAGUGGACGACUUCUCACUGUGGGACGCCGCCGGCCUGGGGAAUCUCCUGACGACAACUCAACAAACUUUUGACCUGAGCUCCAAGAUGAAAUACACAAAGAACCCGGAGACGUUCACCAUCGAUGUGAAUGCCGAUCCGCUCAUCGAUAGUCUCGUUUCGUCCUAUGCCACAGCACAGGCAGAGUUUGAAAAAUAUUACACCGAAUGGCCUAAAACAUUGACGAUUCCUGAAUACACAGUCCCAGUGAUCAAUAUUAGGAUGUCAACAUUCACCAUUCCCCUCCCAGGCAGUAGUCUUGUCACAAUGCCAGCUCUGCGGAAAAUUCACAGCAUCCGGAUUCCAAAGAUGGGCGAUCUGAUCCACGAGUUCACGAUGAAAGCACCGAUGAUCACUUUCAAAAGCAAUGCCAGCGUUCUCAAUAAGAACAGCUUCCUGGUCAAACUCGAUGCGUCCUCGUCUUCGGAGUGGGAGGUUCUGGCAGGGAAAAUCGAGGGCACUGCCAAUGUCAACUUAGUUCGGGGAUUCAAGAUGGCCUCCGUGCUGGUUGUAAAACAUGCAGUGUUGGAAGGAAGCCAUGACGGCGCCAUCCUCUUAAGUUUUGAAAAUAUUGACGCCUCCGUCAGCAAUUCCCUCAAGGUCAAUCUUCCUUACGAAACCGUGGAAGUCCGCCAGGAGAUGACGGGAAACCGUCUCGUUUUCUCUCUGUCCGCCCCAUCUGCCGGUCUCGUCGGAGUUCAGGUGCAAACUGAGCACCCGGCACAAGCAAGAGCAAGACUCUAUGGUCGCUACCCUACUGCACCACAAACGGACGUCGAUAUCCUGGCCCUGAAGAUGUCUGUGACGAAUUCUGAGAAGCUGAAUCUUCGGACUUCCUGGAACACGGAGAUGCCAUACGAGAUGAUGCUGGGACUGAAGAAGAACGUACCUGCGGCCGUUCAAGCGGUCAUUACUCCUGCUGCCGCGACCUACGAUCAACUCAACAGAUACGCAAGACGCCUCGAGGGGACUCUGGAGCGGGUAAGGAAGCAAGGUACAGAGUUGUUGAAUGAGGCUGUCGACAAUCCCGCCGAGGUGAUGACAUCUGGUAAAAAUCAGACCAAUCGUAUCGUUCGAAGAUCGCAACAAAAAGUGGAGACUUUUCUCGAGGCCACGGUUAUAUUCCUGAGAGAAACCAAGUUCCGAAUCCCAGGGUAUCCGCAAAGACUGUCGGGCCUCGAGAUCUAUCAGAAAUGGAGUACCGUUAUUAUUGACGCUUACGAGGAAGCGAAUAGGAAGUUCUCAAAGUUCGUCUUUUCCGCGUUUAUAGUAGCAACCGAAGCUUUUGAAGCCAUUCCCGUCUCCGGAAGACACAUUCUGAAUGACUUUUUUGGAGCUUUUAGGAAAGUCUGCGACCAAGUUAUUGCCACGAUGCAAAAAGUGGGAGGGGACGUAUUUGAAGAUAUUCCCUGGGAUCUUUCUCAAUUAAAUCAAAUGCUGCUCCCAAUUCUAAGAUUGCAAGAUAUAACGGAGGUCCCCGUUUUCUUGACCGACAUGUACCAGGAAGCCAUCGACUCCCGUACCUUUGCGAGUGUCUCUCAGCGCAUCGAAACGAUCCACCGCAUAAUCAGCGGCUAUCUUCAAACCGUGGCGACAAAACUUCAAAACGUUCUGGAUGACAUUCCCGCCGAACAGCUUCGAGCGGACAUAGAGUCCUCAAUUGACGUGAUGCUGAGACAUCUGAAUUCCUUCCACAGCAACGUCAUUCGAAUCCUAAAGGAGAAUAGUCAAACUUUCGAAAAAUUCAUCAGAGUUGGUGACAGCGAGGUGGAGUUGGAUAUCCCUUUUCCCUUCGUCCCCCGGUUUUAACUAAACUCCAGCGGCUAACUACACUGUAGCGCCAGUUUUUUUUGUUGUUGUCACGGAAGGACCACUUCCAAGAAGGAAAUACAAAACUGUACACUAAAUGUCGCCUGUAUCCGUGAUAUUAUUAGACUGCCUUUUGUUUAUUUUCACGCCAUUGCGUAUCGUGCGUCAUUUGUAUGUUGAGCUGUUCUAUUUAAAACCUGUUUCCUGAAUUAAAAACUGUUUUUAACUGCAAA